ACCAUGUCGUUACUACAGACUCGAUUUACAACAUAAAACAUUCAUAAUCGGGUAAUGUACAGGAAUCCUCCAUUUAACAAGAAAGGGCUGUGCCAUAAGACUCAAUGGGUUUACUGAAUGUAAGUCAGCUUGCAAUAAGAGCUGCCAGGUGCUACCUGAGUCCCUUUUCAACACCAAAAUCAUGGAUUUCCACCAGAACCAUCGCUCUGGGCGGCAAGAACAUCCUGCUCAUGGGUCCUCCUGGAGCAGGGAAGACCACAGUGGGGAGGAUAGUGGCCCACAGACUAGGACUGCCUGUCAUUGAUGUUGAUGACGAUGUCUUGGAGACGACAUGGAAGAUGCCCGUCGCUGCCAAGCUGGCAUCAGUCGGUGGAGAGAGUUUUCUACAGGAGGAAGGUCAGGCUUUGUGUAACUUCUCUGCCUCUGGGUGUGUUGUUUCCCUGACAGGCUCGAACCCUCUUCAUGCUGAGGCCAUGCAGCACGUCAGAGAGACCGGGCUGGUCAUCUACCUGGACGUGGACAGCGAGGAUAUCAUACAGAGGCUCACCAGGAUGAAGGUGAACAGGAUAGUGGGCCAGGAGGCAGGGGUAUCCAUGAGGGAUAUUCUGCAGUACAGGAAGCAGUUUUAUGAGAAGUGGCUCGAUGUGCGUGUGCUGUGUGGAACAGGGGACACGGUGGAGGAAGUAGCGGAGAAAGUGUUAAAGGCUGUGGAGAGAUAUCAAAAUCAUGCUGCAGAAACCUUUGUGUCAACCAGGUGUGACACUGUGGGAUCAUCCAAUCAGAAAACAUACUUCAGUGAUGUGGUUAUAGAGGGUCUGGCCACAGAUGGAGGCCUCUAUGUUCCCAAAAAUGGCUUCCCAAAGAUUGAUGCUUGUGAAUGGCUGAGAUUGGCUGACAUGUCAUACCCAGAGCGAGCGUUAGUUUUACUUGAAAAGUGCAUCCACCCGCUGGAUAUCUGUGCUUUGGAUCUCAGAACAAUGGUGUUCAAGGCGUAUGGUUCAAACUUUUCUUGUGAGGCAGUUGCACCUGUAAAACAUCUCAAUCACAACCAGUACGUUCAGGAGCUUUUUCACGGCCCCACCGCCUCAUUUAAAGACCUCGCUUUGCAGCUGAUGCCCCAGCUCUUCGCCUACUGCCUCCCGCCAAUGUGCAACUACCUCAUCCUGGUGGCCACGUCCGGAGACACCGGCAGCGCAGUGCUCAGCGGCUUCAGCAGGCUCGGCGGGACUGACAGACACAGGACCGGCGUGCUGGUGUUUUUCCCGGAGGAAGGGGUGAGUGAGAUCCAGAAGCUCCAGAUGAUCAGCUACAGGGAGGGAAAAGCCAGGGCCGUGAGCGUCCUGUCAGACUUUGACUUCUGUCAGAGAACCAUCAAGAGGAUGUUUGGAGAGUCCGGGCUGACGGGGCACCUCGCUGUGGAGUACGGCACCGUCCUCAGCACCGCCAACUCCAUCAACUGGGCACGGCUGUUGCCACAGGUGGUCUACCACUCCUCAGCCUAUCUGGAUCUGUGCAGAGACGGCGUUGUCAAGUUUGGGGAGCCCAUCGAUGUUUGCAUCCCUACUGGUAACUUUGGCAACGCCAUGUCAGCCAUGUACGCCAAGCAAAUGGGCAUCCCGAUAAGAAAAGUCAUCUGUGCGUCCAACCACAACCGCAUCAUCACAGACUUUAUCACCACAGGUGAGUACGAUCUCCGGGGACGGCCGCUGAUGCUCUCCCACUCCCCGGCUAUAGACAUCCUGAAAUCCUCCAACCUGGAGAGGUUCAUCUACCACGUCUCAGGUGGAGACGGACGCCUCGUCAAGGACCUGUUCACGCGCUUGGACGGACGGCAGCACUUUCAGGUUCCUGAGCAUCUCCUCGGCAGGAUACAGCAGGAAGUGCUGGCCGGCUGGUGCUCCGAAGACGACUGCCUGGGCGCCAUCCGGAGCGUUCACGCACAGACGGGCUACGUCAUGGACACACACACGGCCGUGGCUAAAGUCGUGGCCGACAGGCUGCAGGACGGUUCGUGCCCCGUGGUGCUUUGUUCCACCGCUCACUACGGGAAAUUUGCUCCCGCUGUGUUCAAAGCUUUACAAAUCCACAAUAUUCCAGAGGAUCCGGUCGAGCAGCUGAGGAUGCUCGGCUCGACUGCGUCCAGACCAGAGAUGCACAGAGACGUGAUGAAAUGCCUGAAGGAAAGUGGCAGGAGGGCACACACUGUCUGUCAGGCGGAGUAUGGUGUGUUGGUAGAGGAGGUGGAGAGCAUGAUACACGACUCCUUCUUGAAAGUUAUGUAGAACCAUUUUAGCUUUUGUUGAUUUCCACCUUAAAUUACUAAUUUAAUUUCAAUUAAUGUAAAAAUUCUGCUGAACAGCAUAAAAGUUGAAAGAAAUUCAAACAGAAAAAGAAUAAAUAAGAUAAAAAUAAAUAAUAAAUACCAGGUAUAAGCAGGCGUGGUGAUAAAACUGACAUAAUUUAAGAGGCGGGAUCCUGGCUGAGCCGGCAGGAUGGAGAACACAUUCACUUUUAUUGUACUGUAAUGGAGCUCUGAAGUGUUUUCUAGCUCAAUUUAAAGCCUAUUGAUUAUGCAACAUUUCUUAACA